ACCGCUCAAAGUCCACAACUAUAACGAUGGAGACAAAAUCUGUCUGUCAGGAGUGUGAACUUACUGAUCAAGCAGGAAAUAAUCAGAAAUACUUUUGUCCAGAAUGAACCGUCCAACUGAAGCAGAAAGAUGAAGAACAUGAAAAGAAUCAUCAGUUUUAUGCUUUAUGGUCUGUUUUUGUGCUGCUCGGUUUUCUCUAAUGGUGAUACACAGGUCUCCUGUCAGGUCAACAAGACUUGUAUCUUACCCUGCAGUUUCACAGCUCAUGAUGACAUUGUCAUCCACUGGAUUCAAGAGACUCCACCAGAGUCCCGGGUUCACUCCUACUAUCACAAACAAGACCGACUGGGAGAGCAGCACCAGAGGUUCAGAGGAAGAACAUCUCUGUUUGAGGACCAGAUCUCCAGAGGAAACGCUUCCCUGCUGCUGAGAGGAGUGAAGGUUCAGGACCAGGGCAGAUAUCGGUGUGACGUCAGCACCAUCACUGGAAACAAGGAGAACUUCAUCCACCUGAAUGUGAACGCUCCAGUCCAGCACGUCAACAUUGAACAGGUAGAAGAUAAAAUCACCUGCAGCUCAGAGGGGAUCUAUCCUGAACCGGGACUCACCUGGACCACCAAUCCUCCAUCCAGCUUGAACCUGCAGAACCCACCAACAGUCCAGGAGACUGAACAGCAGCUUUACAGCAUCAGCAGCUCUCUGGUACUUUCAGACGGAGAUGCUGACCUGGAAUACAUCUGCACCGUCAGCACUGCAGCAAACAGCAGGAGAUCCACUUUGCUUCAACCAGCUGUUAUAAGUGGAUCAAACACUCAAAGAAAAAUCUCCUGCUCAACCGCCAAUUAUCCAAUAAAGUAUCUCAUCUGGACGUUUAACCAUAAAGAGAUCAUCCUGACACAGAGGGGACCUGAAGGGUUCUACACACCUUCAGAGAGGUGGAAGCAGCACGUGAUGACUGUAUCAGAGACAGGAAGUCUCACUCUGAAGCAUUUAUCUUCAGACCAGACAGGAACAUACAAAUGUGAACUCAGGGAUGAAGAGGAAACAUACGUGAAAUACACCUUUCUUCACAUACCAAAAGACCGGACCAGAGUUAUUGCAGGAGUGGUGGUGGUUGUGCUGCUGCUGCUGGUCUUGGUUUCUGGAGUCGUUGGUUACAAAUACAGGAAAAGGGUGCAGGAAUACAGGAAAAGGAGGAAAGAAAGGAAGAAGAGGAAAAAAAAAGGAGAAGGGGUUCAACAGAGACUCUUCUCAACUAUGGACCGCAGUGAAGAUCGCAGUCAGCCUCAAACACGUGGCGAUGUGACGUCUGAGGGCCAGGAUGACUCCGGGAGUGACAGCUAUAAUGUAAAAAUGUGGUUGAAGGACACUUUGAAGAAUUUGGACUCCAGUGGGCUGAAGGAAUUCCACUGGCACCUGAAUAAUGCAGAUCAAUCAGAGGAUGGUUUCAAACCGAUCGAACUGUGUCAUCUGGAAAAGGCGGACAAAUUGGACACCGUAAAUCUGAUGAUGCAGAGGUUCUCCUUAAAGACCAAAGAGGUGGCCGAGACAAUUUUAAAGAAGAUGAAAAGAAAUAAAGUUUGUAAAAAGCAGCUGAAGUCUAAGCUGAAGGAGAAGUACCAGCAUGUGUCUGAGGGGAUUAUUAAAGCAGGAAACCCAACCCCUCUGGAGCAGAUCUACACGGAGCUCUACAUCACAGAGGGAGGGACCGGAGAGGUCAACGAAGAACAUGAAGUCAGACAGAUUGAAGCAGCUUCCAGGAAACCAGACGGAGCAGAAACAGCCAUCAGACAGGAAGACAUCUUUAAACCCCCACCUGGAAGAGAUAAACCAAUCAGAACGGUGAUGACGAAGGGAGUGGCCGGCAUCGGGAAAACAGUCCUAACACAGAAGUUCACUCUGGACUGGGCUGAAGGCAGAACCAACCAGGACAUCCAGUUCCUGCUUCCAUUCACCUUCAGAGAGCUGAAUGUGCUGAGAGAGGAGAAGUUCAGCUUGGUGGAACUAGUUCAUCGAUUCUUCUCUGAAACCAGUGAAAUCUGCAGCUUUGAAGAGUUCCAGGUCGCGUUCAUCUUUGACGGUCUGGAUGAGAGUCGACUUCCUCUGGACUUCCACAACUCUACAAUCGUCAGUGACCCCAGAAGCUCCACCUCAGUGGAUGUGCUGCUGACAAACCUCAUCAGGGGAAACCUGCUUCCUUCUGCUCGUCUCUGGAUCACCACACGACCCGCAGCAGCCAAUCAGAUCCCUCCUUACUGUGUUUCCAUGGUGACGGAGGUCAGAGGGUUCACUGACCCACAGAAGGAGGAAUACUUCAGGAAGAGGAUCAGAGAUGAAGAGCAGACCAGCAGAAUCAUCUCCCACAUCAAGACGUCACGGAGCCUCCACAUCAUGUGCCACAUCCCAGUCUUCUGCUGGAUCACUGCUACGGUCCUGGAGAACGUCCUGGAGAACGUCCUGGAAACCAGAGAGGGAGGGGAGCUGCCCAAGACCCUGACUGAGAUGUACAUCCACUUCCUGGUGGUCCAGGCCAAACUGAGGAAGGUCAAGUAUGAUGGAGGAGCUGAGACGGAUCCACACUGGAGUCCAGAGAGCAGGAAGAUGGUGGAGUCUCUGGGAAAACUGGCUUUUGAGCAGCUGCAGAAAGGAAACCUGAUCUUCUAUGAACGAGAACUGAGAGAGUGUGGCAUCAAUGUCACAGAGGCUUCAGUGUACUCAGGAGUGUUCACACAGAUCUUUAGAGAGGAGAGCAGCCUGUACCAGGACCAGGUCUUCUGCUUCAUCCAUCUGAGUGUCCAGGAGUUUCUGUCUGCUCUUCAUGUCAAUCAAACCUUCAUCAACUCUGGAGUCAACCUGCUGGGGGAACAAAGAAACACCUUCUGGUUGUUUAAAACAAGAGCAGAGACUGACCUAUAUCAGACAGCAGUAGACAAGGCCUUACAGAGUCCCAACGGACACCUGGACUUGUUCCUGCGCUUCCUCCUGGGUCUUUCACUGGAGACCAAUCAGACUCUCCUACGAGGUCUGUUGGAACCAAAACAAAGAAGUUCGCGGGACAAUCAGAAAACAGUUAAAUACAUCAAGGAGAAGAUCAUUGGGGAUCUGUCUGCAGAGAGAAGCAUCAACCUGUCCCACUGUCUGAAUGAACUGAACGAUCGGUCUCUGGUGGAGGAUGUCCAACGGUCCCUGAGGUUUGGACGUCUCUCCAGAACUAAACUGUCUCCUUCUCAGUGGUCGGCUCUGGCCUUCAUCUUACUGUCAUCAGGAGAUCUGGAGGUGUUUGACCUGAAGAAAUAUUCAGCUUCAGAGAAGGUUCUACGGCGGCUGCUGCCGGUGGUCAAAGCCUCCAAGAAAGUUCUACUGAGUGGCUGUAACCUCUCAGGGGACAUCUGUGCAGAUCUGUCCUCAGUUCUCAGCUCUCAGUCCUCCCACCUGAGAGAACUGGACCUGAGCAACAACCCCCUGCAGGAUUCUGGACUGGAGCAGCUGUGUCCUGGACUGGAGAGUCCACACUGUCACCUGGAGUCUCUCAGAUUGCAGCACUGCAGGUUGUCAGGGAUCAGCUGUUCUUCUCUGGUCUCAGCUCUGAAGUCCAACCCCUCCCAUCUGAAACUUCUGGACCUGAGUGGGAACAACCUGCAGGCUGCAGAUGUGAAGCAGCUGUAUGAUCUGGUGAAGAGUCCAGACUACCAGCUGCAGACUCUCAGCUGGAGAUGAUGAGAGUGUCCAGGACGGACGAAUCGUGCCCUGAUCGUCCCCAGAGUUGAAGCAGCACCAGUUUGUGUGGGCAGACUCUGAUUGGACCGUGAUGAUGAUGAAGAUGAAGAUGAAAAUGGACACAGUUUCAGCUCAGUUUGUUUCUGUCUUCCAGCGUUUUACAAACUUCUCAAAUAUAUUCAUGUGUAGUGAUGCACAGAAAUUAAAAUUUGUGGCUGAAACUGAAAAUAAUAAUAAACACUUGGCCGAAUACCGAAUAAUACUGAACAAUGGUUCUUUCGCAGAUUUUAAUUUAUUUUGCCAAUUUUUUAACCAUUGCAUAAAUAAAAUAAAUGUGCAGUUAAAUACCCGCCAGUCACAAUUUGUCUUACUGUACUUAUUGUAUUUUUUCUCAUAAUCCUUUUUCAUUUUCUCCCAUUCAAAUCCAAUAAAUUGGGUCGCGGCUUUCCCAACUCCAACUCAGCCUGGAUCAUUUCUCGCGUUCUCUGCUUUUUCCCACAUCCAAGUAGUGAUCUGACAUGCUGACAUGUUCACUGCAUUUAACACUGCCCCCCUCUCACUCCACGCUGUUCGCUGUUUGAUUGCGUUAUCUAAACACGCCGUUAUUAUUGUUCGUUUUUUUCCCCACUUAUUCCACCGAACACCGAAAGUGUUUUUUUGCUAUUUUCGGCCUAACAAUUUAGGGUUACUGAACAUUCGGUGCAUCACUAUUCAUGUAUUUCAGUGGCAGCCGAUGUAGUUUUCUCCAGGGGGCUGUACCAAACUCCAAGAUAGACAUAUACCAAAAAGUAGGAAAAUUAUGUACUAAAGUAUCACUUCUGUAUUUGAAUAGAUGAAAUCAACAUUAUCAUGACAAUCAGGGUUUUAUUUUUUGUACAUAUAUUUUGUAACAAAUGCAUCAAUUUAAUAGAAUACAGAGAUAUAAGGGAUAUAAAUCAGCUUUACAGUAUAUUAGAGCCAUAUAUGAACAAAGUGAUUAUAUAAUUUAGAUUUUGUAACAUUUGAUUUUACUGUAUGUUGAGUAAUAUGCCGUUUUUAAUAUCAGUCCGCAAGGUUCUUGCUUAAUAUUACUAAUGACUGCAUCUUUCUCAUUGGUUACGUAUGAAUCACAUGAUGUUCGUGUAUUUUGUUUUGUGAAGCUAUGGAAUCGAGGGAGCACACUAGUUUUGACCGUGAUUGCAUGAUAAUAUUAUUUUGUCGUAUAAUCGCACAGUUUUUGUUUUUUGCAAUUGAAAGAAAGGUUUUUCAAUAAACUUUUGAAAUAAGAA